AUGAAAGACGCAAUUCGACGCUCGACUUCUUCGAAUCUGUUAACCGUUCUUUACCCCCCCCCUUCCCGCUCUCCCUCAAUGUCGACCGAGCGCGACCCACUUCUUCCCAAGCCGACUCCCGAUGAUGCAAAGCAGCGAGUAGGGCCAUUGGAAAUCUCAGCAGCGACAAGGCGGUGGAUCCUGGCUGGGAUGUGGUUAGGGACGUUCCUCGGGGCAUUGAAUCUUACUUUAGUCCCAACCAUGAUGCCUGCCAUCUCCUCUGAGUUUCAAAAAUUCCACCAAGCCAGCUGGCUAGGCACCGCAAACUUUCUGGCUUCCUGCACAUUUACCCCACUCUAUGGCCGACUUUGCAACGUUCUGGGCCGCCGGCGGGCCUACCAACUUGCGAUAGUCUUGACGGGAGCGGGUGCCGUUGGGUGUGGCCUCGCACAGAGUAUGGAGGGCUUGAUUGCUGCUCGUUUUAUCGCAGGGAUGGGAGGAGGUGGAGUAUUCACCGCCUCAACAAUAAUCGUCAGUGACAUGUAUUCGCUACGGGAGCGUGGUCUAGUACAGGCCCUGGCCAGUGUCUUCAACAGUUUUGGAAUGGGACUUGGUGGGCCCAUUGGCGGUCUCAUCACCGACUUGUGGGGGUGGCGCGCAGCCUUUCUUAUGCAGAUACCACUAUUCGUUGCGUCUGCGGUCAUUACCCAGGUCAACGUCAAUUAUGUGACCGAUUCGGAGACCAAAUCUAAGAGCACAAAAGCGAUAUUGAAAAGGAUCGACUACUUUGGCAGUCUUUCGCUACUAACAUUUGUUGGGGCUUUCGUGCUGUUCUUAAGCUCGCGGUAUAACGAGAGUCUGCCGUGGCUCAAUCCCCUCGUCUUGGUUCCUCUAGUGAUCUCAGCCGUCUUUAUGGUCAUCUUUGUCGUUGUAGAGCUGUUCGUCGCGCCGGAGCCAGUGAUGCCGAUGUCUCUCCUCCAACAAAAGAUCCCCGUACUGGUUGGCGCGUCUAACUUCUUCGCCAAUGCGUGUAUCUUUUCGGUCACGUAUUUCUUCCCGCUGUGGUUCCAGGUCGUCAAGCUUCAGAGCGCGUCGACAGCGGGUUUGCAUCUCAUGCCCAACAGUGUUUCGCUGUCGCUUGGGUCAAUAUUUGCGGGUUGGAUGAUGCACAAGACUGGACGAUACAAAACGAUUAAUGCUAUCUUCGGAGCAUUCCCCUUCUUUGGAGCGAUUUUCAUCGCCUCGUUACGCGAAGACUCUGGUUGGGUACAGUCGUGGUUGAGCAUUGUUCCAUUUGGAUUCGGCAAUGCCGUUGUUCUACAGACCUUGCUCAUUGCGCUGCUCGCACAUCUUCCGCAAUCCCAAAUGGCGGUAGGAACAGGUUUUGGCCAGCUAUUCCGAGGACUGGGGCAGGUCGGCGGGGUAGCUAUGGCUUCCGCAGUAUUCCAGGCACAGCUCGACAGCGAGCUUCGGAGACGAUUCCCGCCUGGCUCUGACGAGUUGAUCAUGAACAUCCGUCGUUCGAGUGGGUUUCUGCGACAAUUGGGCCCCGAAGACCGACGUCUCGCGCGGGACGCGUAUGCACUCAGUCUCAAGGCGGUUUACGCACUCGCUGCAGUGUCCACCCUGCUAGCGUAUAUUGUUCGUAUGCCUAUUCCAGACCAGGACCUUGAUAAAGCGCAUGACAAGAAACCGGAGGUGCCCCCUGAGCAGAUUGUGCCAGCGCCUGAGCCUCUGCCGGGCGAUGUCAUUGCAGGCGAAGCUGCCGGCGCGCGACCUGGGAGGAGCGUUGAGGGAAGGGUUUAA